UAUUCUAAAUGUUCACUCACAUUCCCAAAUUGACUAAAUCUCCAGAAUUUUCCAGAACAAAUGUGUCUGAAAUAAAAUUUUUUGUAUUGGGUUUUGUUUUAUUUCAAAGACCUUUCAUCCUUCACGCAUCCCUUCCUACACCAGCAUGUGGCAUGAACGGCAUGAAUUCAGAAAUUAGCAGGAAAUCGGCACAAUCUUAACACAUUCUCGCUUCAGGUGGAGUAUACAGGUGUGCCACGUGCUCCAAGUCGUUCAAGUACAUGAACGCCAUGCUACGACAUUUGGAGGUGUGCGAGGCGAUAACCAAGCCGAUAAAGAGAUACAGCUGUGAGAAAUGCCCCUUCCGGACCAACCACAAAUGGUAUCUCAAACGGCACAUGUGUAAAAGCAUGAGGAACAUCUGCAAGGAGUGCAAGAAACGCUUUCCCACCCCGACAGCCCUACUGCUUCACGUCAACAGCAGAGAGGGCUGCAACGGAGACAUGAAGAAAGACUCUGUCAUCUUGAUAAAGGACGUCAUGUCCAUGAACGACCCGACACGGCAUUUAGUCGCAGUUAGCGUUGACCAGAACCAGCAGUCGAUCCUUGACAGUUCACAGGAAAAUGUCACAGCCAAUGGAUCAGUCGAUCCUGGUGACAAAUCCGUUGCCAGUAUCAAAGAAGAUACAUCUGAAGUUAUGAAAAUAAAAAAUUAAAUUGAGUAAGCAGUACAGCUGAGGGCUGAAAUGAGUAUAAACCAUGACAUUUGGAUGAUUAGAAGUCUAGUUUUGGAACAAUUCAACAUGAAAGAGUAUUUCUUAGGAAAAUCAGUAUUAAAAGCAAAAGAUCUGAAAUUCAUUCUUUGUGGGGUUAUUUUGCAUUAUCAAUUUUUUAAGAUAUAAUUUAGCUAUAAUUUUUGUACUAUUUUAUAAUUCAUUGUUUUGAUUUUAGUUAUAAUUUUUAAUUAUUAAUUAUAUGAAUUGUUUAAGCCUUUAGGAAUAUUAUUGUGUUUUGUGCUAGGCUUAAAAAUUAGUUAUAGUUUAAAUUUAGUUAAGUUUAUGGUACAAUUUUAAAGUAUACUAUUUCCAUUUAUUUAUGAAUUUAUUAUAUACUUUAUCACUUUGUUCUUUUCUUUUUUUAUUUCACUUAAAGUUGUAGUUUUUAAUUGGUAUGUUAUACUACUUAUUUAGUUUUAGAUUGUCUAGCACAUGUGUAUAAGAACAGUAGUGUUAUGGAUGUAACUGUGUAGGCAUAAUAAAAAUUAAAAAAAAAAAAAUAAGUUGAAUACUCGUAA